AUGAGUCGACUGCGAGUGCUCGACAUCUCGGGUUCUGCUGUCACUGACGCUGCUCUAGUGCACCUUUCUCAGCUAAGCGCCAGUGGCACUGGCAGCGCCAGCGGUAAUGGUUCCUUUUCGUCUGUUCCUUCUACCGGUGCUAGCAGCACUGGUAGUAUUGCCAGCACCAGCACGGCCCCUCCCCCCGGCCUGCAGGAGCUUCGGAUGUGGCGGUGCCCGAACCUAACCUCCUCAGGCAUGGAACACAUCGGGCGAAUCCGAACCCUUCGUCGCCUCGAUCUCUCCCAGUGCCCCGUGGGAAACCUAGGGUUAGCCCACCUCCGCCCCCUAGCCUCCUCCCUCACUUCCCUCAAUCUCUCCUGGUCGGGUGUGUCAGAUGAGGGGCUGUGCCAGCUGGCGGGGUACGAUUGGCUGGAGGAGCUGCACCUGAGCGGCCCGAACGUGACCCCGCUCGGGCUGAGGCAGGUUCGGGGGCUGCCGAGGCUGAGGAAGGUUCGGCUGUGGUCCGUGACGAGUGAGGUGCUGGCUGCUGCUAGAGAUGUGCUGCUGGGGGUGGUGGUGUAUUGA